AUGGCUAACAUUAAUAUCACAUCUCUCAACCUUGAUUGAUUAAAGAAUGAAAUGGAACAUAAGAAUCAGAUAUCCCAACAGAAGUUAAUGAGGAGGAUGACAAGUUUGGAUAAAGAAAAUGAUAAGUUAUCCACUAGUGCAAUACAUCACGAUAUAAAAUAAUAGCGCAAGAAAGCCAAGUGUGAAUUCAGUUAAUAAUCAACCUAAGUCUCUCACUCGAGAUAUUUUAAAGGUGCUUACUAAUAAUCAUCGUAAAAGAAGCGAUCUCCUAGAACUAAAAGAUUUCUUUAAAAGCCACCAAUUCUUUUCGGAACUAGAGGAGAAAAACGGGGAAGAAACAGUCCUAAAAUGCUUCAGAGCAAUGAAAUAUGUCCAGCAUGCCAAGAAUGACAUCCUCUUCAAGCAAGGUGAUGAAGGAUACUACUUCUACAUUAUUCUCAAGGGAAAGGUUGGCGUUAAGAUAAUGCUUACCAAAGAAAACCAGUCAACUCAAGAGCAAUACCACCAAUUUCUACUGAAGAAUUAUAAAGAUAUCUGUUGGGACAAGACCGAGAAUGGAGCUGCACUCAAACUGAAAGUACAAGCAUUGAUGAACAGGCCUCCUCCACGAGUUCCUAAAUAGGUCAUCGAAAAAGUUAAUUAAAGCUACCCAAUCUUUCUGUUUGAAGAACCUUAAAACUUUCAAAACUAUGAUGAUGAAGGAAGUUAAUGUACUUGGUCCUGGAAAAUGUUUUGGAGAAGUAGCUCUUAUUAACUCCUCCAAACGUACGGCUACUAUCUAUUGUAAGAACCAUUCCUGUAGCUUUGCCAUUCUGGGCAGAGAUGACUUUAAAGACAUUGCUGGAAAAGCAGAGAAGAAGAAGCUUGAGCAAAAGAUCACAUUUCUUAAAUAAAUACGAAAUAUUUCAGGAAUUUACUUAUAACACGUUAAGAAAAUUUUCAUAUUUCAUGGAAGAGCAGAUCUAUUCAAAAGGAAGCAAAGUCUACUCAGAAGGAGACCAACCAUCUGGAAUAUUUUGAGUAAAAGAAGGGAAUUUUGAAGUCAUACAGAAAAACCCGAUGAAAGUUAAACCAAAGCUAAAGGAGAAGAUUACUAAUUGCUCCAGCAAACCGAAAAAUUUAUCAGUCUUGAAAGACCUAGACCAUCUCAGGAUAGCUUCUUUAAGAGAAAGAGAUGCCUUUGGGGUAGAAGAAGUACUCGAAAACGUUAAGAGAAAGAACACUGUAGUCUGAACUUCAGGAGGAUACUCUACAGUAUACUUCUUGCCCUCAAAAGAGCUACUUCCUCUAUUCAACUCCAAAAAGUCCCAACAAUGCCUCCAAGUUGCUUUGAAUCAUCAGAAAUGUAGGAAUUCUAGAAUUAAAGACAUUGAAAGAAUUGCAGACAAGGAAGAAAGAAAUAUUCACGAAUAUGAAACUGAGAGAAGACUAAAAAAAAUCCAAAGGUUGAAGAAACCACCACAAUCAAGAAGCAAAACAAUUGAAGAAGUUAAGGAGAAAUCUGUUGAAAAGAAGAAAGUAAAGCUUGUAGCAGACGAUUUACCUCCUGAUUUCAAAUUUCUCUAUAAAAGAAAAGCUAAUUUCAGAAAAUAAGGUCACCAAAUUUAUACGUGAUACAGAUACUAACAGAAGUAGAAACAUUCAAGCUAGAACUCCACAAACUGACCAUGAGAGAACAUUCCAGAAGAAAUCAAGACUUUGGGGUCACAAAAAGCAAAGUUGAUUAGCAAGGGAUUCUCAUAAUAAUAUAGGAAACAACACUUACAUCUAUAAUAUCAGAGUAAAUUUUUAUAGCUUAAAUUACAGAAAUCUUAGCAGUUUUGAUAACACUAAUAACUCAUUUAUAAAAAUCCAGAAGAAAAAGCAGAAGAAACUCAAACAGAUCCUCUCGACUGAGCCAGAGCCUAAAUAAGAGAACAGAAUUGAGUCGUCUGGGGUUUAAAGAGAACAAAUAAGCUUUCACCGUUAAAGAUAUCUAAAUUUCAUGAGAAAAAUGGCAAAACUGAUACCUCUUUAAUUGAAGAAAUUCACAAUCAACGGUUUGAUGAUGUACCGAGAAAACUCAGCAAGUUUAAACCAAAGUGUUCAAUCUCUCCACCAAUUUCAAGAAAUUCUUAUCAGUUUAGAACCUCAACUCCUAAGUGACAAUUAGUUACUUUAUGAAAUUCUGAGAAUCCAAAGAAUGGAUACAAACAUUCACUAAAGAUCUUCCAGCGUUUUUCAAUUUUAAGCAAAUAAGCUACACCAAAAAGAGCAAGUUUAUACUCUAAACAUACAGAAUUAAAAAAUAUGACCUAACUCUUGACUUAAAACAAGAUAUCUCAACAACCUGCCCCAAAAUGGACUCCAAAGCUUCCAGAAAAUUCUCAUUCCAGACUCCAAUUCCCACAAACCAAAUAAACACCCCAUUCACACAAAAAGUCGACUCCCAGCUUUCUAAAUACCAAAAAUCUUUCAAAAACUCCCAUUGUAGAUCACCUGACUUAAAAUUGCGCAAAAAUAGGAACAACAGGAGGCAUCUGACUGGUAAAAUCCUAAGUAGGACUUCAGUCCCAACAACUAGAGCGGAUGGCUCUCUGAUUUCAGACAUAAUAUACAAAUCUCCAGAGCAAGAAAAGAAUCGAAUGAAGAGGAAAAUCAUUGACCUCCGCAAAAAAUUCACUCAAAUCUCACUUAGACAAUCACAACUUUAGAAAGAGUGGGCGCACAAGAAAACUAAACCUAACAAGCAUUUUAUAAGAAAAUAAAGAAACCCAACAUUCUCACUCUAAUAAUCCUCUUCUCCCAAAUACAACCUAUCUUAUCAACCAAAACCCAAAC